AUGGUUUCCCUUCCCGACACCAUCCAUCUUGGCACCAUUGUCAUCCUCCUUCUCCUCCUCCCAGCCGUACAAUCGACCGUCGUCCUCCCGAAACCAAGCGGCCCCUACAACACACGCAUCACCACCGCAGAAUUAGUCGACAAAACCCGCCUCGACCCCUUCGCUCCAAACCGCACCCAGCGAGCCAUCAUGGUCACCGUCUUUUACCCCAUCACAAAACCCUCCGAAUGCGACCCACUCCGCACCGUGAACUACAUGCCCCUCGCCACCGCUCAAUUCUGGGACCAAGAAUUCUCCUCCUACGGCAUCACAAACGCAACACUCGAGAACUUCCGAUCAGCACCUGUCGCCCCGACGCCCCCAUCUCGCCACCCAGCCACAACAACUCCCACCCCAUCCGCGAUCGCCGCCACGGUCGCGAGCACCGGCUACGUCGUCCUAACCAUCGACCACCCCCACGACGCCUUCAUCGUCGAAUACCCGACCGGCCCCCCAACCUACGCCGCCAACAUCAGCAGCGCUGCACAAACCUCCCUCGACCUCGCGACUCGCGCCUCCGACGUCUCGUUCCUCCUCGACCAACUCGGCGCCAACGAUACCGUCCGUGACGUCAUCCCCGGUGCAGGCCGCGGCCUCGACGUCCGCCGCGUCGCCAUGUACGGGCACUCGUUCGGCGGGGCGACAGCCGCAGCGGCGAUGCUUUCGGACCACCGCAUCGCGGGCGGGCUGAACAUGGACGGGACGUUCUACGGCGCCGUCGUCGAGCGGGGGCUGGAUCGGCCGUUCAUGCUCUUCAGCAAUCCGAAAAGCAUGCCGAACCAGACCUUCUACGGCGAUGACUCGUGGGCGGAAACGUGGCCGCGGCUGCGGGGAUGGCGACGGGAGCUCGCGCUGGCUGGAGCUGCCCACAAUACGUUCUCCGACAUCCCGCUGCUGACUAAAUUGCUGGGACUGUCGCCGUUCAAUGCGACGAGCGUGACCGGCUCCGCGCUUGGAACGAUAGAUGGGGCGCGAGGAUUCGAUGUGAUCACGGCGUAUGUGGUUGCGUUUUUGGACUUUGUGCUGAAAGGGGCGGAGUCGGAGCUUCUGCGGAUGCCGAGCCCGCUCUAUCACGAGGUGACCCUUGUGAGGUAG